CCCUGUCUCGCAGUAAUACUGGUUCCUACAUAAUUUUGGAUUUUGGCCCACAGACGGAAGGAGACAGGAGCAGAGAUCAAGUUUUUCCUACCAAACAGCCCAAGUUGAAGGUAAGAGCAGACUGUGACUUUACAUAGAAGCCCAUAUAGCCAAAUCUGCCCUGGGCAAAAGCAUCAUGAAGGAGCUUCAACCCAGGUCAUGUGGCCCAAGUGACAACUUGAAGCUGAUGAGGUUUUAUCUUAGGAUUGCAAUUGUUCGGGAAAUCUACAAUGGAGAAAACUCUCAGGAGCAAUUUGAAAUGGAGUUGGAGAAGGCCCUGGAAGACAGCUAUGAGAUCAUCAUCAUUGAGCCAUCACAGCUAGGCAAAGACACACAGCUCUGGAUCUCCAUGGGAAACUGCUUGCACAAAACCUCUGUCUUGUCUGGACUUGGAUCCAUUAUAUCAGCUUAUGUAUGGCCUGGGAAGACUUGCACCUUCAUGCCACUAGCAAUCCUGUCCCUUGUUUGUGCUGGACUCUACACGCUUUCAUGGCAAACAGACCCCUGUGUUGCCUAUCAGGUGGAGCAGAAUGCUGGGAAAGUGGAGAGACUUUCAGCUGGUUCAUGCGUGGUUCUGGUGCGGAAGAAGACAACCCCCCGGAUCAUACUUCAUUCCACCAUUUCCAUGCUGGCUGCCUGUACUUGUGCCUGGCGGUUCUUCUACCUCUUCCGAAAGCGACCAUAGGACUGCAGCAAAGCACUCUGCUUAUUUGGGACAUUGUGAUACUUUCAUCUGACUAGCAAGUGCAUGCAUGUGUGACUUAUUUUUUUAAAAUAAUUUGUAUCAUAUGCUGUAGGGUAUCAGGACUCUGCUUUUCAUUUGCAAU